CCAAGGAGAACAGUGAGCCCAAACCUAGCAAGCCUCUUUGGUAAACUUGUUCCUCCUAGUCUUUGCUAUUUAGAUCAUCUAUACUAUGCUAACACAAGGUAACGAGAGAGAAACAGUAUGAUUUACACGGAACAGCAAGAUAACGAGAGGAAGCAAAACCUAGGGUCGUUAUUCCAUUAUAUCGUUUAUCUUAAUGUCAAUCAAGCUCAAGUACGCACUUUGGUUCACGGCUUGAGGCUUGCUCUUCACCUCUUUCUCUCUCGGGGAGAAACAGAUAGACCCAUAGCUAAAAUGUCUUGCAUCAAACACUAUCUGGGUCUCCAAUGGCGAAAUGGUUCUUGUCAGAAAGCGGAUUAGACCAAUUAAUUAGACCCCUCCCUCAAGCCUUCCCAAAACCCAGAGCUGGACUCUCCACUCAAUCAUAUGUUGGCGGGUUUUUAAACAACCCCUUUUCUUGUGCUCCAACCCUGUCCGCUAGGGAGAGAAAAUGCGCUCUUCAGGUGAGUUCUCGAUUGAAGGUUGGAUCUGUAGAUGAGGUUGAUUUUGACCCUGGUGCACCGCCGCCGUUCAAAUUGGCCGAUGUUAGGGCUGCCAUUCCGAAGCAUUGCUGGGUUAAGGACCCAUGGAGAUCCAUGAGCUUUGUUGUGAGAGAUGUGGGGGUUGUUUUUGGCUUAGCAGCAGCAGCUGCCUAUCUCAACAAUUGGCUUGUGUGGCCUCUUUAUUGGGCUGCUCAAGGCACCAUGUUCUGGGCUCUCUUUGUUCUUGGCCAUGAUUGUGGGCAUGGAAGCUUUUCAAACAACCACAAUCUAAAUAGUGUGGUUGGCCAUCUAUUACAUUCUUCAAUUCUCGUGCCGUAUCAUGGAUGGAGAAUUAGCCAUAGGAUUCAUCAUGAGAAUCAGGGUCAUGCCGAGAAUGAUGAAUCAUGGCACCCGUUGUCUGCAAAAAUUUACAAUCAUCUGGAUGGGAUUACCCGAACUUUACGAUUUACCAUUCCUUUCCCCUUGCUUGCGUAUCCCUUUUACCUGUGGCAUAGAAGCCCUGGAAAGACUGGUUCUCACUUCGAUCCAAACAGCCCAUUGUUUGUACCCAGCGAAAGGAAAGAUGUGAUUACGUCCACUCUCUGCUGGACAGCAAUGGCUGCUUUACUUGUGGGUUUAUGUUUUGUGAUUGGCCCUGUUCAAAUACUCGAACUCUAUGGCAUUCCAUAUUGGGGUUUUGUAAUGUGGCUGGAUUUCGUGACCUACUUGAAUCACCAUGGUCAUGAAGAUAAGCUUCCGCGGUAUCGUGGAAAGGAAUGGAAUUAUCUGAGAGGAGGGCUGACGACUCUUGACCGCGACUAUGGAUGGAUUAGUAACAUCCACCACGAUAUUGGAACCCAUGUUAUACACCACCUCAUUCCCCAGAUCCCACACUACCACUUGACAGAAGCGACUGAGGCAGCGAAGCCUGUGCUUGGGAAGUAUUACCGGGAGCCCAAGAAAUCGGGACCUCUACCAUUCCACUUGAUUGGAGACUUAAUUCGGAGCCUGAAUCAAGACCACUAUGUCAGUGAUGAUGGGGAUGUUGUAUACUACCAGACUGACCCCAAGCUUAGUGGCUCUUCUAAAUCAAAGUGAAGCCACUGAAAGCAAAUACGGCUGGCAAGAAGUCAGUUACCUGAAUCAUCGUUGCUGAGAGAGAGAGAGAGAGAGGGAGAGAGACCAACUAGUAAUAUGAUUGUGGCUAUCAAUCUCCUCUCUGCCGCAAAUGCAUUGUAUUGCUUUGAUGAGGUUCCAAAUUCAGGGAAACUGGGAAAUAUUGGAUCCUUUUGGCAGUGUUGUGUGGACAAGGUGAAGGGGUAUUGAAAUCUACUGAUAGUUGCUAGGACCCAUGAAGAUUUGUUGUCUUUUGCACAUUCUGUGGUUGACAGGAAAACAAUGAAAACUAUAACGUAUAGUGUACAUCAUACGCUUGAAACUGCUGAAAAUACAUGUUAUAAUUUAGUAAAAGCGUGCUAUAAUUUUCAAGUGGUAAUUUAUUCCAAAAACUUCUGGCUAGAGCUAUGGCAUUGUUGGACAGGUUAGGCCCACCUGAAGCAGGCCUCAUUAGUGAUACAACAUGGUUAUAAGGUCUGACCCAUCAAAUCACUUGUAGCUGCUUUGCCACACAAGCUACUGGAGCCACAGUGCUUUCACUUGGGAUUUUCUCGUUGAAUUGAGGGGGAUAUUCCACUGCCGCU